AUGUCAGGACCAGCAGCCCGAGCCGAAAGCUCAUGCAGAAGAUGUCAUCGACGAAAGAAACGAUGCGACAAGGCCCUGCCACAGUGCCGGGCUUGUCAACAUGCUAAUCAGCGAUGCAGUUUUCUCGACGAUGAGAAGGAGACAGCGACAUUCUCAAUUGCAUAUGUCCGAGGGCUAGAAAUGCGCGUCAAAGAACUGGAACAGCAAUUAGCCAUGUUUUUAGAUAUGCGGACUACAGAACACGAUGCUUUAUUCGACUCUUCAAAUGAUAUUGAUGGUGUGAGAUUGAACUUUAAUACUCGACCGAUAGAGACCUCUCCGGUUCACUUAAUCGCCCAACCGCAGCCGGGACAAACCAGCCCGCCGAAUCAGCAGCAACAAGCCGUAAUCAAUGGCCAACAUAUCUCCAAUACGCAUAAACCCGAUUCAUUAGCCGAUGAAUUAAAGCUACUUUCCUUGGAAGCUGCCGCAGACCGCCACGUUGGAUCUUCUUCCGGGAUAUCAUUCGCCAAACUCACACAAGCCGUUCUUCGACGACUAUCGCCGGAUCGACAAGAAUUUGUCUUUGAUGAUGAACAGGACGACGAAGAAGAUGAGGAAGAUGAUUGUAUACUCAAUGAGAACGAAACAACUCCCACUUUUUCAUUUGCGUUCAACGAAAUCAAUACACAUUUAGUCUCGUCCCCGCCAUUGCCGCUCUAUUUUCCUCUAUCCAACGAUCAGCAACAGGCCGGCCUUCUUCAAGAAUCUUUGUCUCUUAUUGAGCCAGCUCAUAUCAGCCAUUUACUAGAAUUCUAUUUCGCUCAUUCUCAUACCCUAUACCCAAUUGUCCGGCAGCAUGAAUUCACAACUGUUCUUUGGCGGUUGUACGCCGACCCUUCCGACCCACUUGCUCAGUCUGCGUUGUGGCAAUUCCGGAUCUGGAUGGUCCUAGCUAUUGGGUCUACUGCUUAUUCUUCGGUGUCUUUGCUGGAUGAGUCGGAAUCCGUGCAGCUGUUCAACAAGGCUAUGGUUCAUUUUGAGGCUGCUAUGGGAUGUGGAGAUUUGGCCGCUCUAGAAGUUCUAAUGCUACAAGUAUCUUACUCCUUUUUCAAUAAAAUUGGUCCGAAUACGUGGAUUUUGAUCGGGAUGGCGGCUCGCAUGGCAACUGGCAUGGGAUUACAUACAGCUGAACAAUACAAGAGCCUGACUGUUGAUAUUGCUGAGCACCAAAAACGCCUCUUCUUUUCUCUGUAUAUGAUGGAUCGUGUGGUCUCACUUGCUCUAGGGCGUCCAUUUGCUAUCCAAGACGACGAUAUCACCGUAGAGCCAUUCGCAGAUGUCGACGACGAAAACAUCCAACCCGAUGGCAUCAUUCCAUCCACAAAACUAGAACCAUCAACCAUGGCCAUCCCACUACACAUUCUGGGGCUCCGAACCAUUGCGAGCGAUAUCGGAAGUAGAGUUCAUUCAGUGAGAAACAGCGACCCAGCUAGUCAGCAAAUGAAAGAACAAACCCUCCAGUCCCUUCACAGACGGCUGAUUGAAUGGCGACGAACGAUGCCCUUUCCACUACCAGACCUGCAAUCCAAGGUCCCUCAUUUGUGCACCAACUGGUUUGAUUUCAAUUAUUAUACCCACGUCAUCAUGCUGUACCGGCCAUCUCCGCUCUGCCAGACGCUCGAUCUUUCUCAACUUCGUGUUCUUGCCGAAGCAUCUAGCAUGGCUAUCCGACAAGCCACGACGAUGCAUCGACAACAACGGUUUUCGUAUAACUGGCUCAAUCUUGCCGUCUUGUUCAACGCAACGCUUUCUUUGAUGUAUUCAACAACAGCUCAGCCGAACAAUUUGUCUCAGGUGUUGGAGUCGAGCAAAGCCAUUGAGGAUCUGGAGCUGAGUAUUGAAUUAUUGCAGGCCUUUAGUCGAAAGUUUGCUUCAGCAAAGAGGAUUCAGGGGAUGAUUCAGAUUGUUUUGGGCAAGUUGAAGAUGCAGCUUGUUCAUUCUUAG